AUGGUGUUCCUCGCACGACUCUACAGCAUCGAAAACGCGAACGCCAGUCGAUCGAAGAGAAAGCCCAGAGCCAACAAUAUCUCCACCCCCUUCAGUCUCGCCCGCCGACGGGAGCCAGCGUACAGGCCAAGCAAGCCUCCUGGAAAGAACUGGCCCCAGCUCUUCUACAAACGCUAUCCAGAGCUUAAACCAAGUAAAGCCAGUGCGCUAGACUGGAACCGUUACGAUAUUUUUGACAAGGUCAUACACUGGUUUGAAGUAAUUGGAGAGGUCCUACAGGACCCCGCUGUUCUACAAGAGAACGUCUAUAAUAUGGACGAAACUGGUGUCAUGCUUUCCAAGCUGAACUCUGUCAAAGUCCUUGUUUCUCGAGAUAACGAGCGAGGCUAUAGAGGUGCCCGUGUCAAGCGAACGAUUGUCACUGCUGUCGAAUGUGUAAGUGCCGAUGGCAGGUAUUUGACCCCUAUGAUUAUUUGGCCUGCAUUAACUCAUCGAUCUAACUGGACCACGCAUCCUACCCCUGGAUGGCAUUAUGCAUUUUCGGACACCGGCUACACCGACUUAUAUCUUAGCUUGCAGUGGCUCAAGCUUUUUUGUUUUGAGAACAACAUUAUUCUAUGCCGUCUCCCCUCCCACACGUCCUAUAAGCUUCAACCCUGCGACAUCUCGGUAUUCAGCCCACUGAAGGUGGCCUACCGCGAACAGGUCGAGCGGUUGGAGCGAGGAUGUGUUGGAGCAAUUGGGAAGGAGCAUUUCACCUAUCUGUAUAGCCCCGCAAGGGACCAAGCCUUUACGUCCAGGAACAUACGGGCGGGAUGGUCGAGAGCUGGCCUCUUCCCCUUUAACCCAGCCAAGGUACUUAGUGAUAUACCAAAGCCUCUCGCUGGAUUGAGUGCCCCCGCAACCAACGAGAUGGAGGGAGAUGCUUGCAUGCAAGACCAAGUACCACAAACACCAGUAACGCCAAUCACAGCAAAUGCAGUUGCCUCGCUGCACAAUCUAAUCAAGCAGGACACACACGUAGUUGAUGAGGCGAGCAGACAGCGCUUGCAGAGGCGCAUACAGAAGCUUACAAAUGCUACCCAACUGUCCUUUGCAGAACGUGCCCUCCUUGAGGAACAGAAUCAAUUCUUUACCGAGAUUAACAACGAAGCAAAAGUUCGCCGCUCGACCAAAUCGAUAAUGCUGGAGACUGGGUCGGCGAGGGUGGUAAGCUACGAACACCUUGUCGAGGCACGAGAGGAUCGUGCUUCAAAAGACGCCGAGAAAGAGGCUAGAAGAAUCGCGAGUGAGGUGAAGAAAGCUGCUAAGGCUUCGCGAGCAGCCGAAGUCCCCACUGGCAAGAAGAAACGAGGUCGAAAGCGAAAGAUUGACACUCUGGAGAUAAAUACGCCUACACCAAAGGCCCAAGCGGUGCGGAAAAGCAAAGGACAGAUUGCGGCUGAGGUAGUAGGAGUACUAGGUGUGGAACAAGUAGGAGGACCAAGUGUGGAAGAGGGAGAACUUCCGCCUUAA